AUUCUGGCGUAGGCGAUGGCGAGCACCAUGGAGGACUACGGUUCAGAACUACAGGAACUUCAGUGGGGUCCCAGCGAUGGGGGCGGACAUCUACUGCGGAGCAGCUCGCACUUCCUGCGUCCUGGCGCCGGUAGCUCCUACGAGGCCGAAGACCUGGAGCCGCCUUCGCGUCACCACUACCACGGCACCAGCGGCACUGGACAACAGCCUCGGGGAUAUUACAGUCCGCCUGGUACUAGCUAUACCAUCGUCGAGAGGCCGCCCAGUGCCCAGCAUCACCAUUCGUCUCACGCCACGCCCUACAGGCACCGAGGACACGCGUCGUCCUCCGGAGGCGCUAUCUCGCCAGAGCAGGUCCUCAGGCUAUUUGGAAAUGGACUCACGGAACGUCGACAAAAUGAAAGACGAACCCCUGCCUCGAGUCCAGCCUCCGUCACUGCUCUUCGGACUUCCGCAAGCUCGUCGCAGUCGACGUCAAAUGUCCAGGCCUCGCCAGCACCCCAUUCCCUAAGUCUGCAGGAACUCACUGUGAGGACGAUCACAAUGACGAGGGAGCCGCCCGACUCUAAUCACGGUUUCGGCAUCUGCGUCAAGGGUGGCAAGGACGCUGGGGUGGGAGUCUACAUUUCGAGGGUGGAAGAAGGCUCAGUGGCCGAGCGCGCUGGACUACGGCCAGGCGACACCAUCUUGGAAGUUAAUGGAACGCCUUUUCGAGCAGUCACCCACGAGGAGGCUCUCAAAAUGCUGAAGUCCUGUCGGACCCUGAGUAUGACUGUACGGGGACCGGCGAUCGAUCCGCGCUGUCGGGGUGGACAUUCGAUUUGGUCCCAGAAUCGACAGCAGACCUGCAGCUGGAUGGAUAGGCAGGGAAGGCCCGUUUCGCCGCCACCGUUGAGCUCGCGCGAACCACGCUAUGGGCCGCGGACCCGCAAGAUCGACCUGUGCAUCGAGCCCGGUCAGUCGUUGGGUCUGAUGAUCCGGGGUGGCUUGGAGUACGGCCUCGGCAUCUACGUCACGGGUGUCGACAAGGACAGCGUCGCCGACCGCUCGGGUCUACUGGUGGGCGAUCAAAUCCUCGAAGUUAAUGGGCAGAGCUUCGAGGAAGCGACGCACGACGAAGCCGUCCAGGUCCUGAAGACGAACAAGCGGAUGAGUUUGUUGAUUCGUGAUGUUGGCAAGGUGCCGCACUCGUGUACUACGAGCCAGUCGAUGAUUGUGCCAGUUUCGAGGUAUCAGGAUCAUGAUUCCCUACUUCUCGCCAGCCCCGGAAAUCAUCGGCCGUCAAGUCCGGCCAGCUUGAGCGAGUGGAGGCACCGAGGCGGGCAUCCAAUAUCGUCAGCGACGGCCGCGAUGGUCGAGGAGAAGGCGCGCGUUGUUCUGGCCCGUAGCGAAAGAGCCGCGCUUUCGCAGCUUCUCGCCGACUACAGGAACCGCCGUCUUACCAUCGAAGACCUCAUCGGGAGUCUUGGCGACCUCCUCAAUACGCACGAGAAGCUUACGCUGCUCACAGAGUUGCGAGAACUUGUCGACAGCAAGGAUCGGCCGGCCUUCGACGAUCUUGUCUAUCGACCUAGGCUUUCCAGGAGAAUAGGUGACAGGGUGCACAACUCGGACCUUAUAGUUACGCCGUCGUUACACGAGCUUCCGAGGGUCAUAAGCGGUGCCUGUUGCCAACCGAGACAGCUGAUGGACAUUCAAGGAGAUCCCUUGGGAGUGAUGAGAAUACUUCAGCCUCGGGAUAACCAGGAAUACCGCUCGCCCAGCGAGGACAGCGGCCUCGGGCCAGAAAUGUACACGAGCAGUGGGGGAUGCAGGUGUACUCAGCAGCAUGAGAUUGCAACAUCCGACCUCGCACUCUCCAACGAUGACGAGUACGAUUAUCAGGAUUACGACGACAUGGAUGGCGAUAGAGGCGGCCGACGUCACAGCUCACCUGGAGGUUCGCGUGGUAACCGGGACUAUGCGCAUCAUCACCUUCAUAGCGACAAUUUGGAAGGCAACGGCGCGUGUUGCGAGACCGAGACGAUGAUCGGUAAUGGCACAAGGCGAGGCGAGAGGGAUCGGGAUCGCGAUCGCGAUACCGAGGACGACGAGGACGAUGGAAUGGUGGAGAGGAGCUCGGAGAGUGGCGGUGGUGGAGGUUUCGGUGGUUGGAGGAAUCACCUGCUCGGUGGGCUAACACAGCGCGUCAAGUCUUGGUACUGGGGCGCCAGACCCCUCGAGCUCGCGCACAAGCUGUCGAGGAGCUUCGAUAUGCAGGAGGCACAGUUAUUGGAGGAGGCUGGAAGCGGAACAAGCGGCAGCAGUCUCUCCGGGGGUGCACCUCGACGCCACCAUAGUGCCCAGAGGCUGGGUCGUGGUCAGGCUGACGCUGGCCGCGAUGAAGACGCGGCAGUUGUCAUGCCCGACCACCAGGGUAAUCUCCGCAUCAUCGUUAAGAAAAGCAAGCCAACCCUUGGCAUUGCUAUCGAAGGUGGAGCAAAUACCAAGCACCCGCUUCCCCGGAUCAUCAACAUUCACGACAAUGGCGCAGCUUACGAUGCUGGUGGUCUGGAAGUUGGUCAACUAAUCCUAGAGGUCGAUGGUCACAAAGUCGAAGGUCUCCAUCACCAGGAGGUGGCACGACUUAUAGCAGAAUCAUUCGCACGGAGAGACCGGGGCGAAAUUGAGUUCCUAGUGGUUGAAGCGAAAAAGAGCAAUCUCGAGCCGAAGCCAACGGCUUUAAUAUUUUUGGAAGCGUAGCAGGAAUCUCCCACCACCGAGCUGGAGCCGUCGUAGUCGGGGUUGCCAGCAUUGUGCCGAGGGCUGGACGAGCAGCGCGAAACUUGGAGAGGCCCGAUU